AAAAUAGCUCAUUACACGCUCGAGCCCUAAAUCAGAUCAUUGAGUGCAGCGGUUCCCGCUUCUUAGAGUAGUAGUCUUCGCAUUUGCUUCUAAGCCCUAGCUUCCGUCUUACUUAGCCAGAAUGAAGCUCGUCAGGUUUUUGAUGAAGCUGAACAAUGAGACCGUUUCGAUUGAGCUUAAGAACGGAACCAUUGUUCACGGAACCAUCACAGGUGUGGAUAUCAGUAUGAACACACAUUUGAAAACAGUGAAACUUACGCUGAAGGGGAAAAAUCCAGUAACUUUGGACCACCUUAGUGUGAGGGGUAACAACAUUCGUUAUUAUAUUCUUCCUGACAGUUUGAAUCUUGAAACAUUGCUGGUUGAAGAGACGCCUAGGGUCAAGCCCAAGAAGCCAACUGCCGGGAGGCCUGUUGGGGGACGUGGUCGGGGCCGUGGACGUGGUCGCGGACGUGCUCGUGGUGGCCGUUAAAUAUGUUGCACCAAUUCCAAUUUUUUGCAGCACCUGGUUAUGUAAACAUCUAAGUUGUAGUAGAGUAUGUUGGUGAUCUCAAGGACAAAAAAAGAGUUGUAUUGUUAUCUAAUUUUCUAUUUCACUUAUUACCCAGGGAAGUUUGAUUGUGAAUUCUGAGUUUCACUCCGGUGUUUUGAU